AGGUAGUUUAUAAAUAGUCGAGGUCCGCUAGGACGGAUUUUGCGAGAGGGCUGAAUUUACGAAGUGGGCAGACGAAGUCGCGGGCAUCCGCUAGUUUUCACCCGACUGCAAGAAGGGUCAUGUUUUUCGCGCGUAUCUUGUAUGUAUGGACCCGCAGCCUUUAGAGCCCCUCCUGUCGUGACCAAAAUGCCUGUAAAGCCUUCAGCAGAGCACGUGUGGAUCGAUGAGCAAGUCCAGCCACUGCCGCGGUCGGCGCGCCAGUACCUGCACGGGUGGGUACGAGCUGAAGAGCUGGCUAUGAGGCGGUGGGAGGCGGAAGUUGUUGUGAGUGAGGAAAACCAAGGAGAAAGUAAAAUGUCAAUAAUGGACAUACAGUUCAGUCAUACGCAAGUUCUGUUGAGAUCCUCGUUUUGCAGGAGAGUGAUGUCCAUCUGUUUCAUACUUGAAAGAGCUGACAGCUUAGUGGUAGAACACCAGUGGGAGAACUUCAUGGCCACGAUGCCUGAAGGUUGGAGAGCGCGCUACCACGUCUACUCGCCGGGCAUCAAGCCAGGGGGUGGACUGCAACAUCGCCCCACAUUGUCUAAAAAUGGUUGCUACCUGGUACGGCUGUUCUUCCUCGGCGCAUGGCGCUGCGUGUGGGUCAGUGACCUCGUGCCGGUGGACGCGACGGACUCUCCUCUCCUUCCGUUCUCUCCGCUCAUCUGCCAGACGCCCACCAAGACAAGCAAGCAAGCCUCGACGAUGGCGGCGACUGUGACAUCCAACUACGUACACCUAUGGCCUCUGCUUCUUUGCAAGGCGCUUCUAAAGCUGGCGGCACCUGAUUUAAAUUCUGAUGAAAACAACUCUUUAGAAGACGAAGCGAUGACUGAGUUCGAUGUAUUUCACGCUUUGACUGGAGCUGUUAGUGUUACCUACACUUCUAAAGACCCUGAAAUGAUAUGGAAAGUAAUAACGUCAGAGGUGCCGAUGUUCGUCUGGGACGACGAGGAUGACUCUCCCCCCUCCACAGUCAAGACCAAGAGCACCAAAAAACCGACUAAUAAAGAAACUGCAUCUGUCAGGCGCACUUCAAUGACGUCAGUUAUCGUCAGAGACACCAAGAGUCUGCCAAGCUACACACUCCCUGGCAUCGCUCCAGCGCACGAGAUGAACUUGCUGGUUACGAUGGCCAGGGAUCUGCCACUGAAGAAACCUUUGCCAGAACCAGAUGUUGCAUUGUGGAAAACUUACCGCUGGGUGGACUGGGCCCGCAGUCACGGAUUGUACGAUGCCUUCGAUUGUCCACGUACGAGGUUCUUGAAGAUAAACGGCCUCAUGAAACUCUCCUACGCACCUCAUUUAUUAGAUGUUCAGAGCACUGCAUCGAUUACAUUUAAAUUCCGCGAAGAGCAUGAAAAAACGAAUCCCCAAACGAGGAAAGCUGGGAAAGAUCUCACGACAACCAUCUCCACUAACAUAGAGCAGCAGGCGAAGGAAGAACUACGGGAGUGGAUACCAUUUAAUGCUUUACAUGAAUAUUUAGAGAAUGUCAGCAACCUAUUCUACCCCUCGAUGUUCCACUUUACCUCGGUGACCAGCAAUCCGCCGUUGAGAACAACAAAAGUUCCUCUCAACAAAAACAUUGACAUGCACGCGCCAAAAUCAGCACCUCUGUACCUACAAAUUGAUGGACCAGAUGAAAAUAUUCUAAGAAUUUCCCUCAGUGUGCUCCAUCCUAGAAUACUAUUUAACUGUGGUGUGUCGAUCUUUGAUUACAUAGAACCAGCGUAUUUGAUGCUGGAAGUGUUCGAAUGGUUCAAGGGGAACGAACUGCCAAUAGCCAAGGGGUAUGUGGAGACACGGAAUUACAAUAGUCUCGAAAUCAAGUUGCCUCCAGGGCGACAUUUUUGCAGGAUCUGGGUUCACUCCCGUAUGAACUGGCACGCGAUGCUCGUGUCCGAGUCAUCGCUACUGCUCGGCAAGCGAGACGUGGCUAUGUGUGCGGCGGCCAAAGAGUGCCCUUGGGCGUCCCGUUUCCUUUCAAACCUCGGCACUGCGUUCUCUAAUUGGAUACGAGUGAAUAAAUCCGCCCUAACUGCGGUGGCGACCGAAAAGGACUUUUUCAACUCAUACCAACCGGACUUGGAAUGGGAUCCAGAAAUAGUGGGCCAUAACAAACACUUGCGACACUGGAUGUUCAGACAGGCGGUGCAAUCUCUCCUGAUGAAGAGAUUGUCUCCUCACGACUAUGGCGCCGUUUGUGCAGUACUGAGACAGUACUUCUGCGACCCAGACUUUGGUAUGCCACCAAAGCCGACACCUCCCCAACCUGUAAGGGCCAUAGCAGACAGGGAUCCUUGCGAUUGUGUUAUGCCUGAAGUUGAAGAAACAGAGGGCAUGGAUGAAUACCUGAUGGAAGAAGGACAGUCACCAGAAGAAAAAUCACUGAUUGACUCCGAAACAAAGAGAAAACUCCUUACUUCUCCAGAGCCACCUACGGUUUCCCAAAUAUGUGACCUGGCUAACGAAGAGAUACCAUGUGGUUUGUUAAAAAAUGAACGAGAGAAGUUGAUUAAAAAACACGAAGCAGCGACGGUUAUACAAGCUCACUGGCGAGGCACUUGGGCUAGGAAGUGUUUGACUGACCAUGCCUUGCUCACGCCUGAUGUAUAUAAACUGAUUAUGGAGCACGCUUUUGGCAAUUUAGAAGCAUUAUCAGCACUGAUGAACGAGUUCUUCCUGAUGUAUCCCGGAGCGAAGUACGCCUACUCCGUGGCCUCGGCCCUGGCCGGAGGAGUGGGACUGCAUCAAUACAGCGGGACGGCGCCUGUUACUCCUAAAUGUAAAUGGAUCCCGUACUUUCAAGGCGUGUUCAACUGUCACGCGCCCGUCAAAGUCCACCUCGACGUGCAGAGUUCUCUGUCGCACAGCACUGUUGCUGUAUACAACAAUGACACGGCGAAACUGAUGCCGCAAGUCUAUAAUGCUCACAUCACAUUCCAUUUUGAGCCGAAUCACCAUGGUUAUACAAUAAUGGGACACGGUACACUGAAUGCAUCCAACCAUGCAGGUGUGGGUUCUGAAGCCCAUUGGCAACUGACGGUCCUCUCGUCCAUAGCAGACGUGUUCCACAUCUGUGACAACGACAUUAUAGACCCUUGCAAGGAGAUGCCGUUGCUGCAUUCUACUAAAAUGCACAUAGACGAGAUCUUCAUACCAAACAGAAGGAACAUUAUGGGGGGGAUACAGAUACUGAUAUACAGGGAGGAGUUUAUUAGCUUUAGAGCUGCCGCCACUUCUGAGGAGUUGGAAAUGGAUGCAAUACUCUACACUACCUCAACGGAUGGAAUAGUCCAGGAGCUAGGGAGGUGCUCGGGCAUCGGAGAAUUGCAGUGGCCUUACAUUAAACUCGAAUCCGCCCAUAUUCCUAUUAAUUUGAGAACCGCAAAAAUACGUUCUGCUACAUCACGUGUUAAUAUGACCGAGGUGCUGGCUUCAAGGGAAUCAACAACAUUAAGUGCUCGUUCGCAAAAGACACCAAAGUCACAGAAGCAGUCCAUGAAAAGUAGAUCAGCUACGAAGAUUAAAGAUGCGAAACCAGUGGAGCCGAAGCUGUACACAAUUCGUGUCGUAGCAAGAAACGGAUGGCCACUGACCCUGGCUCAGUGGAGCAGAGUCAACGAAGUACGCAACAUGGUGCAAGAAACUGAAAAAUCUGACACGCAAACAUCGAAGAAACCACAGAGCAAGGACAAGGACAAGGACAAAGACAAAAGUAGUCCAACAAACAAAACAAAAACACUAGAACCUCCGCAACCACAUCCGGGAGACGCUUACGUGGAGUUGGAAGUUGCUCUGGCUAUCGGCGGAGGGGCACAGGCCAGGCGUGAUGAUGAGAGGGAUCUGCAAUUUGCUGCAGCUAGGAAAUCCUGGGAAGCCACAGAGCGUGGCAGGAAUUCACUAGGAGCUCAGAUUAGGAAGGAUUUCAGAGCCGAAUUCCUCGAAGCUAUGCUCCAGCCGCCGUCACCUAGCUCGAAGUCUGUUCCAGAGGAAAUGUACGAAGAACUAGAGGGAGAAGGAAAAAAAAUUCUUUCCCCAACGCAUCAGGGCCCCACACCUGUAACUGAAAGCGACAUGAUGGAAAUGUCUAUGGAAAGUGAAGAAGAAUCCACAUAUCUGAGCAUGCCAGAGCAAUUGAAGGACAAGUUUACACCACUUUUCUUUGUCCCGCUAUGCACUAAAGAAAGUGAGAUAGAAAGCGUUACCCUAACACCAGAAAUGUUAGAAGCAGCUGUGGAAGCCCGUAAAAUUAACAUCGAAGCUUCAUUGCAGCGUAUGGCAGAUUUGCAGGCGUACAACGAGGAGCAUGUACUGGGAGGUCAAAAGCAUAGGUGUCAGCUACUUGAGAAACUAUUUGUUGAUUCGCAGUGGAAUCCAGAAUUGAAUGCAGUUUUAGAAGAAAGAGACGAUGCAAUCGCUCGCGAAAAUCUUAUGCGUUCACUCUCCGCUACAAAGAAGAAGGUGGAUGCCAAGAAGAAAUAGAGAACACAACUUUAGAACUUCAAAUUAUAUUACGCUUUAAAGCUUCUUUAAAGCACAGGUGUAAAUAAUAAAUAAAGUAGAAAUAAAGUAGAAAUAGUUUCAAUAAAUUAUCACGACAUAUUCA